CAUUAGAACUGUCAAAACAUAAAGUUGUCAACAGUGCCGUGUCUUGUAAAGUAAAAUAACGUUUUUAACAAGUGGGAUGCUUGAAAGACUGGAUUUUUGGAAAAGUAGAAUAGUUAAAUAUGCGUGAAGAUAGUUCAGAUGUAGGGUUAUGAUGUCAUAGAUUUCUUAUUAUUAUACUUAAAUUUAUGUCGCCUGGUUAACUCACCUGUCACCAGCUUAGAACAUUAAAAUUAAGAAAUCUUAUAAUUGAAGCUCUUAAAAUGGGAAAAGUUCAAAACCAGGGCGCUAUUGCCCCUAAUGCUGCGGUUAAUCAGGUUAUGGGUCUGUACAUCAUUGUGUCAUUCACAAUUGCUUUGUCGUGGUUUCUUGGUGCAAUGAACUGCUCGUUUCUGUGGGUUUUUGCAAUGAUAUUUGGAUUAUUUAUUGUUUGGAAAACACGUCUACGUGAUGUUGUGGAGAAGAACUUGGAGUGGCACAGAGAACGUUUCCAUAGGAAGCGAGCACUUAAGCAAGAAGAGACUACAGAGUGGCUUAACUUCCUUAUCAACAGAUGGUGGGUUUUCAGCUCCAUUAGUAUCGAAGACCUUGUGAAGCGAAGGAUCAAUGAACGACUUGUAAAUGUCAAGCCAUCUUUUAUCGGACAUCUAGAGCUGACUGGUUUUACUUUCGGGGACCUGACACCCAGUUUUCGUAGCAUAAAAGCCUUUGAGUGCUCAGAUGGAGUGCGGGGUUUCAAACCAGUCUCCUGGUCCAGCGUUCUACAGCCCCCAGUGGGGCUACACAAGAUGUCGUCCUUCCAGAUUGUUCUAGAAGCAGACAUAGCAGCAAUAUGCGAAGAGUUCCGAAUGGUGUUUAAAGCACGUGCAGGAACAGAAAGGCUUGGUUUAAACUUUGACAUUGCUGUCGAGGAUCUGAAGUUGAAAGGCAUACUGCAGGCUAUUGUGCACAUGUCCAUGGAUAUACCCUUUCCUCAUAUCACCAAAGCUACUGUCAGCUUCAGUGACACCCCAGAGGUUUGGUUCAAUGUGACUGUGCUCAAGGCCCUACAGCUGAUGGAGGUGCCACUUAUCAAGUCCUGGAUCCAUCUCAAUGUCAUGGAGGGAAUCACUAAUGCUCUUGUGGAUCCAAGCAAGAUUGACAUUCUUUUCACCAAAGUGGGACCAGUCAGUUCCUUGCAGAAUAGUUCCACUGUACAACAGGAACCAGCUCAGGGCGUUCUGACGAUCCAGAUUACUGGGACACCUUCGGCAGAUGCAGAUGAGGAGAUUCACUACACGCGUCUACGUCUAGGGAAGUGCAAGCGGCAGACACUGGAGGUUCCAGCCACCCAGGGAUGGGAGGAUUGCUGCUCCUUCUUUGUGCACAGCCUGGUCAACGAGAAGCUGAGCAUCAAACACAAAUGUAAGCGCCUUCUGACCACUGUGACCUUGGAACAGCAUGAUCUCAGCUUGUCAUCAUUUUCAUUCAGCAUUACAAAACAGAUUACGCAUGAGAUUACCAACAGUGAUGGCAGCAAGUUGCAGUUGAUGAUGGACUACUCUCCCCUCCCGCCCGUCAACCUGGAGCAGGAGGAGAUUGUCAACGUACUGCAGCGCUCUGGGGUGAUGUAUGUGUGUGUACACUGCGCAAACAAUGUGGCAGCCUCGGACAAGACUGGCUCCUCAGACCCGUACUGUGUUGUAUUCUGUGAUAGGAGAAGGGUAUUGACAACUCCUUACCUUGCUCAAACACUAAACCCCCGCUGGGAGUCACAUGCAGAAUUCUUUGUCAAGGAUUUCUCACAGUGUAACCUGUCGUUCUAUGUAUUUGACUGGGAUGGUACCAACUCGAUGGAUGAUGACUUUCUGGGGUCCGCACACCAUGCCAUGUCUGAGAAGGAGCCAUAUGUAUUGAAGCGUGCACUAGUCCUUGGCUGCAACAAACAAGGGAUGGGCCAUAUGGCAGAUGAAUCUCUUGGACAGGUUGUUGUCUCCAUCACGUUCAGGCCUGUAUCCUCUGUGGAAAAAUCAGAACGGUACCGCCUCUCCAGUACUGACUCAGCAAACAACAAUGAGUUCCUGUACGUGGAAGACAUGGUUUCCCCUUGCACAAUGGUACUUGAUGUUUUCAACAGAAAACGGUCAUUGAAAGGUGGAGGGAAGAAGCUGGCUAGACAGAAAUCCACACACCCCAGUGAUGAGUUUAUGAAAGACAAGAUAUUUGUUGAUCUGACCUUGAUUCAAGCCAAAGAGCUAGUGGCGAUGGACCGCAAUGGUUACAGCGAUCCAUUUUGUGAGGUGCGAAUGGGAGAAGAGAAGCUGUUCUCUACGAGCGUGAAGAAGAAGACUCUGACACCCAUGUGGAACGAGUCUGUCACGCUGAAAGUCCCCGAGAAUUGUGGGAUGUUGGAAAUUCAACUCUUCGACAAGGACAUGUUUGUCAAUGAUUUUCUCGGCAAAGUGAUGUUGACCCUUGACCAGUUGAAGGAGCUCUCAUUAAGGAAAACAUCAGACUGGUUUCCUCUAAAACACACAAAAUCAGGCCAGUUGCAGAUCAAGUGCACAGUCACAGCCCUGGAAACAACGAGAAAGGACUCUGGCAUGGGUGAUAUGGAACCCCUAGCAGACUCCAGUAACUCCGCCUCCUCUCUUCCUGUCAAUAACUCCGCCUCCAGGAAGGGGCCACAAGGUGAUGAAGUCACUCCAAUAAAGGGGCCACAAGGUGAUGACAUCACCCCCAAGAAAGGACCAGCAAGGGAACUCUCAUUGGAAAAUGAGGUGUUUGAAGAAACCAUACAGCAAGUUACAAACACCCAGCGUCCAACAGACAACGGUGUGUACCCUCGCAGAAGAAGCGGCAGACAGACUAAUGGUAGGGGAGACAACUCUCCUCUGACAUCGACACCAAUGAAGGAGGAAGGGACAGUCACUCUCAGACGAUCAGCUUCUGAUGUUAAUAUGGAUAAACGGCGUUCACACACAAACUCGGUGAAUUCCUUGGUGGCCUUCAAUGACUUGAAUAUAUCGACAGUCCCAAUCGAUUCUACUCUUGCCUCUGGGCCUCACAUGGAUGACACAGUUCAUGAUCCUGACCCCAGUGAUGCUCUUGGACAUAGGCUUUUCAAUGUGACAGGCAAAGUAUUAAGUAUCCAGGGCCUAAAAGGAAAUGAGGGGAAAAUGUACUGCAAAGUCAGAGUGAUUGCACCACACAAGCAUCGUCUACGCAAAAUUUUUGGCAACCGUGUGAUAGCGAAGUCUCCACUGAUCAAGGCGACCCAGCCCAUGGUGAACCUUGCGAUGGAUAUUGACCGUGGCCUGGGUGUGAGUGGGGAGACACUGCUACAGUUUGACAUCAAGAAGGAGGGCAAAGAACACCUCGUCUCCAAGGCUUACACCAUCAAAAGCCUCUUCAGUGGAGAGGGUGGGGAAGGGGAUAAAAUCCAGAAAGUUUUACCACUGGAGAGAAACAUCAGUGUUGAAGUGUUUCUGCAGCAUGUCCCCAAGGACCAGAGCACCUUUAACCGCCACAGCCAAGGAAGAAUGACCUUGCCAGGGUCAUUCAGAAAGUAGAGGACAAGAUGUGUGUUGUUUCAACCAUUACCAAGAAUGACCUUGUCAAGUUGUUAACAAACUACAUCUGGGAGUGUUUUUUUUGUAAUCUUUUAGUCCUCUGUUUAGCAUAAAUUUGGCCUUUUGGCCAUCCUUAAAAAUUCUUUUGUUUGGCAUAACCCGACCGACCCACUCAAAUCAGCCCGACUGAAUUUUUUUUGCUCGCCGAAAAUUCUUUCCGCUAAUUUUUUCCUUUCCGCUUUUUAUCCUUUUCGGUUAUUUGCGUCAUUUAAUUGAAUGCUCUUUCAAGGAUAUCUAGAAUAGCAAUGAACAAAACGCGUACCGGCAUUUAUUUGAGUCGCCUAUUUAUUUGACAUAUGCGAUUAAUUAGACUUUAAAUACAAUUAAACCGCUCCUGUUUUUCUCGUAGCCCUUUAAUUAAAAUACGCUGCUGACGUUCAGGAUAGUUUGGGAGUAAAAAACAAAUUAAUUAAUUAUCACCGUUCAAUUCAAUUCAGCAAUCGGUAGAGAUGUGGAAUAUUAUCGCCAUAUAACUAAUUAUUUAAUUAUCACUCUUUAAUUCAGAUCGGUAAAUAUUCGGUAGAAAGAUAAAAAGUGGUCAGCUUAGAAAUAUUUAUUGACGGGUAUUGUCAGGUUUUUGUUUCAUUUGCUUAUCUCUUUAUACGACUUUCCGACCGGUCGCCAUUUUGGAGGCAGACGCGAUAUUAAAUGUGUUUUCAAAUUAUACAACAUCUGCGCAUAAAUGACCCAAUAUUUUCUGAUAGCUCCACCCGUAGUGAUCAUUGGAAUAAAUGCUCACUAUUACAGGGCUCGCGCUGUCAUUCGCCAUUUGCGAAAGUAUAGCGAAUUUGGCUCAAGAAAAAUAUAAUUUGCGAAUAUGCUUAAAUCUCGUUAAAUUUUAUUGAAAACAUCCGCCAUGUUAAUCCGGAGUGUUUUUUAAACUAUUUUUCUGUUUGAUUCCAUGAACAAUUUGAAGCGCAUAUGGUAGCUGGCCAAUCAACAUUGAGUUCGCUAUCGGGUAAUAUUGGGUCAUUUAUGCGCAGAUAAUGGAAUACACAGUUGAUAUUGUCGUCUGCCUCUAAUAUAACGGCCGAUGGCAAAUGUCGUAUAAAAAAUAAGCAAAUGAAAAGAAGCCUAACACUCAAUAAAUUAUUUUUAAGCUGAUCACUUUACAAAUUUCUACCGACUAUCGAUCUGAAUUAAAGGAUGAUAAUUAAAUAAUUAGUUACAUGUCGAAGAUGUUGCACCUUUCUGUUCUUGAUAGAAAUAAAGAUGUCAUAAUUACUUUGUUGUUUUUUUACUCACAAAUUAUGCUAUUGUAAAGUAAUAUGUCAACCAAAUAGUAUAUUAAUUACGUAUUUACUAGGUAACUUGUUUUCAUUUUCUGUAGACAAACGAUAUGCACAAUUUAUUUCAUGUGCAAAAUGCGUACAAUUUUGCGGACUGUCGUUUUCAGAUAAAGUAUUUUUCGUCGAUUAUAUCAUAUUUUUGAAGUUCUUUAUAGAAAAAUAGACUUACGAAUACACGAGCAGUAAUACGGACGGUGCAGAAAAAUCUUUACCAGAGGCAGAAGACUUAGAGCUUUAUUUGAUAAUUACCUUUCAGCUUGGUAUAUGUCGAAGUUCAAUGUCGAAAAAAAAAAAACAAAAAAAAAAUAAAAUCGCUACCUACCUACCCACCAAAAUUUACCUGGGUCGGGUUAUGCCAAACAAAAAAUUUUUUAAGGAUGGCCUUGUUAUGCUUUCAUUUUAUGAAGUGUGAUUAUUUAAGGUUCUAUAACUGGGAUUGUUCUUUUCAUUGCAUUUUAAUCUGUUUAUCUGUUUAGAUUUCCAGCUACAAAUUAUAAAAACAGGGUUUUAUGUAUUGUUUUUAGUAAACACAAUUUUAUAUAUGUUAGAUAUCUAAUACUCUUGUUUUCAAAGCAAGCGUAAGUUCUUUUUAUGCUCCCCCAAAAGCAUAAAGUCGCCGCUUCGUCUGUCCGUCUGUGUGUCUGUCCGUGCACAAUUUUUGUCCGGGCUAUUUCUCAGCAACUAAUGACUGGAAUUCAAUGAAACUUUAUGGGAAGCUUCACUACCAAAAGGAGAUGUGCAUAUUAUCAGGAGGUUCUGGUCGGAUGAUUUUUCACAGAGUUAUGGCCCUUUGAAAUUUUCCAUUAACUGUACAUAUAGUGCAAUUCUUGUCCGGGCUAUUUCUCAGCAACUAAUGACCGGAAUUGAAUGAAACUUUAUGGGAAGCUUCACUACCAAGAGAUGUGCAUAUUAUCAGUGGGUUCUGGUCGGAUGAUUUUUCACAGAGUUAUGGCCCUUUGAAAUUUUCCAUUAACUACAUAUAGUGCAAUUCUUGUCCGGGCAAUUUCUCAGCAACUAAUGACCUGAAUUCAAUGAAACUUAAUGGGAAGCUUCAUUACCAAAAGGAGAUGUGCAUAUUAUCAGUGGGUUCUGGUCGGAUGAUUUUUCACAGAGUUAUGGCCCUUUGAAAUUUUCCAUUAACUGUACAUAUAGUGCAAUUCUUGUCCGGGCUAUUUCUCAGCAACUAAUGACUGGAAUUCAAUGAAACUUUAUGGGAAGCUUCAAUACCAAGAAAUUUGCAUAUUAUCAGGGGGUUCUGGUCGGAUGAUUUUUCACAGAGUUAUGGCCCUUUGAAAUUAUCUAUAAAAAAUUAUUGUCCCCCCAACUGUAACUGUGCCCUCAAGAAGUUUCCUUUUAUCUGAAUAUAUAGUGCAAUAUUGUGACAAAAAAACCGUUGGGGAGCAUCACCCGUCUCUGACGGUUUCUUGUUUUUCAAAUGUCAUGCAUAUUUGCUUCCUUGUUAUUGCCAUGACAUUACGGUUUAUAUUUUAUUUUGACACAUUUGUAAAGGCCAUCUUUGGUUUACUUAAUUAUGUAUACAUUUACCAAUAUUUGGAAAUUAAUAGCUACUUUAAUAAGUGUUAUAAUGGAAUGAUAUGCUAUGCCUUAUCCUCUUUCAAAAUCUAAUUUCAAUCCAAGCAUAAUAGUACAUUUUGCCUUUUAUUUACAUAUCUUUAAUAAUUGCUAAUUGUUUAAAGUGAGUUAUUGCUGUACUGGUAAUUGACAACCAUUAUUUAGUAUGUUAGUGAUACAUUUGUAGUUUUUGUUACUUGCAUAUCAUGACCAGUAUUGUAAAUAGGUAUUUUAUUUAAUAAUAAUUUAUUACAAAUGUAAUAUUGAAAAGCUACCAUGUGUAUUGUGUUGAGUUUGUAAUUUACAGUUUUUAUGCUCCUGGAACAAUUUAAAGGAGAUCAUUUGAGGUGCGUCAUGUGAAAAUUAGUGUUGUGCCAUAUGUGGCCAGCAUAGCUCCUGACUAGCCUCAGGAUUAGGGCAGUAAGAAACUACCAUGGCAAUUAAUGAGACCACACAACUUGGCAUGCCUUUUACCCUUUGCAUGCUGGGAAAUUUGUCAAUUGCUAAAAUGUUGUCUGCUGAAUUUCUAAGAUUAGCAUUUUCUUCAAUUUAAAAAAAAAGAAUACUAUCAGAAUAGCAAACAGUUUGGAUCCUGAUCAGACGCCACGUUUUGUGCCAUAACUUCUUUAUUUAUGAUCACAUUUUAUUAUUACUUUGACAAAACAACACUUAACUGAAUACCACAAUGGAUUCCACCCAAACUAUACCCCACGCCCCUACCCAGAAUCCCCCCAACCUCCCCCCCCCCACAA